AUUCGAUACGGCACUAGAGCAGUCUAUCAGACCAUAUACACCUCCACGCAGUCGGGGCGUAUAAAAGUUCCCGCCGAAAUACGCUAAUGCUUCUGUCUGCCUUGGUCAUUAUUCAUUUCUUCUUACGCCACUGAUUCUCACUUCACAACCAUCACUUCUGAUAACAUUUCAUCAUCAUUCUUGCCACUCGAAUCUUGUUGGAUCGUUCGAUAAUGCCUACCACUGCAAAUGAGUCAAGGCAUAUAGCCAUCAUUGGUGGUGGAAUAAUAGGAUCAUCAACAUUAUACUACCUCGUCAAAGAUGGACUACCAUCAAAUACACAAGUCACUUUACUCGAAGAAGCUCCAACAAUCGCACCUGCAGCAUCCGGCAAAAGCGGAGGAUUCUUGGCAUUAGAUUGGCAUGGUGCAGAUACAGCAUCUUUGGCAAAAUUAAGUUUUGAUUUGCAUCGUCAAUUAGCCGAAUCGGAUGGAGGUGAAAAGAAAUGGGGUUAUAGAAAUGUUGAUACACUUUCGAUAGGGUUUGAUGAUAGUAAAACGCGAAACAAAUGUCCUGAUGAUGUGAAAGGAUGGAUUGAUGCAAAAUAUGUCAGCAGUGCUUCCAAUAUGGGAGGAAAUGGAACAACUGCUCAAGCUACGCCACUUCCGCUCGUUGAACAUCUGGUACAACAAGCCAAAUCUCUUGGGGAAGGAAAGGUGAAUGUGUUGUGUUCCACAAGAGCAGAGCGUUUAGAGUUGGAUAGUGAAGGUCAUGUGAAGGGUCUUGCAAUCCAGAACAUAGAUAGCAAGGAACAAGAAACAUUGCCAGUUACAGACGUUGUGGUGGCUGCUGGUCCAUGGACAGGAAAGUUGGUGAAAUCAUUACUACCUGCUGGCACACAAAAGAACAUUCCGCGAUACCUGCGAAAUGCAAUGCGAAUCACUGGAUCCCGUGCUCAUUCCAUCGUCGUUCAAGCACCUCAGCCCACGACUGCUCAUUGUUUGUUUACGGAUAUGCACUACAUGCGGAAAGGAUCUUCCACAGCUCGAACAGGACAAGCAGCCGGAGCACCGGAAGUGUAUUGUCGUGGAGAUGGAACGGUAUAUGCUUGUGGUGGAUCGGAUGAAACACCUUUGCCGGCAUCAGCAAGCGAAGUUUCAUUCGAUAAAUCUCAAACGGAAAAAUUGAUCGAACAAGUUGCACAUUUAUCACCUUCUCAUCUUUCCAGCGAAGCAGGUGCAAAGAUUGACAAACAACAAGCAUGCUAUUUACCAAUCGCACCUUCUGGUCCCAUCAUCGCUGGUGAUCAAUCUACUGGCAUCUACGUUGCUGCAGGUCAUAGCUGUUGGGGAAUCACACUCGGAUUGGGAACAGGAAAAGUCGUUCGUCAAAUGCUAUUUGGUGAAAAGUUGGGUGCAGACAUCAGUGCUUUGCAAUGAAUAUUAGAUUGAUGUAC